AGAGAGAGAGAGAGAGAGAGAGAGAGAGAGCGAGAAAGAGAGAGGGACAGAGAGGCUUCGAAGAGUAUGGCGAGCUAUCAGUCGCGGUUUGACACUUGACCCUUGACGUUAGCCCGUACGAUUCGCCAUGAAGUCGCGAUCUCAAGCGAUCUAGGAAAGCCGCCUCUUGAAUCCUUUCUUAGUCCGUCUUUAAACUCGUCGUCGUUACCGUUAGUCGUGUCUCUUCUAUUUUGUGCUUUUCUCUUUAAAAUAUAUAUGUACAUAUUAUCAAUCGAUUUGACAAUGAUUGAAUGAAAUGAAUAUCAAGAAGUACGAUAUAAUUGAGUAGUGAUUAGAAAAUGUUUCUCAAGGCCGAAAGGAUUAUACUUUAUAUGAGAAAAUUUCUUAAAAUGAAUGUUACCAUUUACUGGUUACCAUUUAAUUAAAUUAUUUAUUUAUUUAUUUAUAUUCAAACAAGACAAGUAUAAUUUAUCUUAUAUAUAAAAUCGAUUAUGCUAAAAUAUCCAAAAGAUAUAUUAAACGAAUCGGUAAGCCGGAAACGAAUGAGAAAAGCCUAAGAAGGAAGGAAGGAAGGAAGGAAGGAAGGAAGACAAGAAUGAAUUCUACGGAAGAUUUUGAAUUGCCGAUCGAUAUGAGAUUCAACGGCGGUCAUAUAAUCAGUAUCGUCACUUAUAGCGUUCUAAUGGGAAUUUCAGCAAUCGGGAAUAUUACUGUCCUUUUUCUGAUCCUACGAAGUCGUCGUUCAUCCAAAUCAAGGAUAUACACGAUGCUGAUGCAUUUAGCUAUUGCCGAUCUUUUCGUAACGUUCCUGAUGAUGCCUUUGGAAAUUGGUUGGGCGAUAACCGUGUCAUGGAAGGCUGGCGAUGCCAUGUGUAGGAUUAUGGCAUUUUUUCGAGUAUUUGGACUUUAUCUUUCGUCAUUUAUUUUAGUUUGCAUUAGUAUGGACAGAUAUUAUGCAGUGAUCAAGCCUCUUCAAUUAUUGCACGUAGAUAGACGAGGGAAAGUCAUGUUAACGAUAGCAUGGUUAGCUUCGAUAUUUUGUUCUAUACCACAGAUGAUGGUAUUUCAUUUGGAAACACAUCCGAAUAUUACAUGGUAUUCCCAAUGUAUUACAUUCAAUGCAUUCCCAACUUACACACACGAACUCACCUAUUCGUUAUUCGGAAUGGUUAUGAUGUAUUGGUUGCCAUUACUAGUAAUUAUUUAUACAUAUACGAGUAUAUUGUUAGAAAUUUGUAGACGUUCGAAAGAAAGCGUGGAAGAUAGGAUACGUCGUUCGUCUUUGGUAUUCCUUAGUCGUGCUAGAAUACGCACCUUAAAGAUGACUAUCAUUAUCGUUGCUGUUUUUUUCGUUUGUUGGACUCCGUACUACGUAAUGAGCCUAUGGUAUUGGAUCGACAGAACAUCCGCGAGAAAAGUCGAUCAGAGAAUUCAAAAGGGAUUGUUUCUUUUCGCAUGCACAAACUCCUGUAUGAAUCCUAUAGUUUAUGGUAUUUUUAAUAUAAGGGAUAGAAAGAAGAGUACGACGUCUCAAUGCGUAACUUCCUUGACAAAUAAUCCUAAAUCGUCCUUGAAAGGCCGACAAAUAUCCUAUGAAAGCUCUAAACAUGGAUCGAUAGCUAAAUCGAAAGAUCGGGUCGUCGAUCUUCAACUAAAAACCAUCACUGGUAGUUCUAUUGGGUUGACUAAUAACUAAAUGCAUACGUACAUAUGAAUCGAGAAAGGAUCAUCGAGCUUCGAAGAAAACCUAAAUGAAUACGCGGAGACAACGUGAAGAUUUAUUGAAGAUUUAUUGAAGAUUUAUUGAUAAGUAAGUCUCGAUCAUCUUACAUCGAGAUAUUAUAAAUCAAUGAUUUUCUAACAUGUACAGAAAAAAAUGAACGAACGUUCUUUUUCUUUUUUUUUUUUUCUUUUUUCUUUAUUUUUUUAUAUGUAUAUAUAUAAAUGUUAACGGGCUAUUAAAAUUCUAUUUCAAUUUUUUUUUUUUUUAUCUAAAAAUCUUUUAUUUAUUGCAACGCAUUUAUAUAAAAAAUAGGAUGAUUAAUCUCCAAGGAAAAAUUAAAGGGAAUGAAAAGAAAUAAUAAUAAUAAUAAUAAUAAUAAUAAUAAUAAUAAAAAUAAUAAUGAUGAUAAUAAAAAGAAAGGGAAAAAUAUUAGAAAUUUAUUUGAAUGAACUGAUCUUUCUAAUAAUAUUUUUUUUCUAAAUGAAAUUAUAACAAUUAGUAGAAAAGGAAACAUACUCUUUUAUUUAUGCUCUUGAAAGAAACAGAUAAAACUAGAACUCGAACUUGACUUGUAGGUGGUACCACUUCCCACACACGUGCCUAACUGGUACACACGCUUGUGUUAUGUGCCUGCAUUUAACAAGGUAUAUUAUCGUUCGAGAUAUAGAGAAAAAUUCUUGCGGGGAAAUUUCUGUGACUGGAUAUUUGUAAAAAAAUAAUCUGAGAAUCUUAUCACGCUCAACGUUAUCAAAAUCUAGGAAGUGGAAAAACCGGAUAUUGUAAGAUGUCUGCAAUUCUGAUAUUAUCUAAUUGUUGUGAUUCACAUUUCUCUGCGUGUGUGUGUGAGUGUGUGUGUGUGUGCAUACAUAUUCUUAUAUUAUACCUAUCAACGAGUUAAUAUUGCCUUUUUUAUAUUUAAUAAUUUUUUUUUUUUUAAUAAUUAAAUCAAAUUUUAUUAAAAAGUCAUUGUAAAUUUAGUGGAUUGAAUUUUGUGAUACAUUUAAUGUGCAUGUGAGGGUGCGUGUGCGUGUGCGUGUAUAUAUAGAUUCCAGAUAUGUACAUAUGUGUAUGUAUGUCCGUCCGAAGAUUAUUGUAAUAUGUAUAUUAAUGUAAAUGAGUUGUGUACGUACGAUAUAAUAAAAUUCUUUGAUCUUUAUCUCAAAUAAUUUUAAGUACCAUUUUGUAUGUAAAUGUUGUAAAUAAAUAUUAUAUUAUAAAUAAAUAAUAUAUGUCAAAAAUAUAAUAAAAAUGAAAGAAUCUUUUCAAUAAUUUUUCGAUCCAAUUUCCAAUAUAGUUCCAACUAAUUCCAAAUCAUAUAAUCAAAACAUAAGAUAAACAUAAUAAACAAAGAUGCAAAUAAAAUAUUAAAAUAAUGACGAGGCGCAUAAAUAAUUGCAUUAGUUCUCGAAUCUUUUCUAUCUAAAUAUCGAUCAAAAAUAUCAAAAAAAUUUGAUCGAUGAAAAGAUCUAUGAAGAUCCAAUGUCCAAGAAGAGAGAUAUUCAGGAAAGUUGCAGUGGUUCCGUGGGCGACGUAUAAAACGAUCGGAUCUACGUCUCUAAGCUUCAGUCUUGGAGAUAAAUCGAGUUACAAGAGAUCGUACACACGAGCGUUUCUUCGUUAAUGGUGUAAAUCACCUCGAAGAGGAGGUGUCAUCUUUUUUCUUUUAUAUUUUCAACAUCGUAGAAAAGAAAAAAGGAAGAAGAAAAUUUUCGAAAGAUGAAUUUGUCAAGGA